AUGCACAUGCCACUCUUUGUGAUCAUGUACAAGUACUCGUACAAGGAUGAGGUGAAGACAUAUGGCUGGGGUAUACUUACUGUCAUCUUAUUUUUUACAACCUUUGGUUUGUUUGCUCCAGUUUAUCUGAUACUUUAUUUGACGAUAUUCCUAAUUACGUGUGUUUUGGUAGCUUAUAAACAAGGUUGUUAUUUAUCAGAGAAAACUUUACAUCUAACCACAGAUGACUGGCACUUACCUAAAACCAAACACGGAAUACAGAAGUUGAUAGAUCAAGUUAAAAAAAAAGAACCCAAAUAUAAAAUUGACAAAAGAUUAACUGGAGCCUUCAUCAUAGAUGAACCAUUACAAGAGGUUUUGCAGUUAGCAUUUCGAUACUAUGUACAGACCUGGUACCAUGGUAAAAUCAGCGAUCAUGAAGAAUUUUUACAUUAUUUGAGACAAACAACACAGAGUGUGAUUAUUGCAUUUAGUAACAGAUCAAAAGAAGUUGAAUGGGUUCCAUAUCUUACGAGGCAGUUAGUUGAUGACUUUGCCUCCCACCUGAGGUUAUUCCGCAAAGCUCAUGAGAAACUGAGCAAAGCGCAUCGCUCUCUUGAAGAGCAAAGUGAAAGUUGUGACAAUGAGUUAGAAUCACUGUUCUUUGACAUUGAGGUGGAGAUGGAAGUAAACAAAUGUAGAGAUGAAGUGUGCACAUGUGAAAAUGCUGAAUUAGAAUACCUGAGAGACGUGACUGACAUGUUACUGUUUCUGAUGCUACCCCAUCAAGAUUUCCAUAACAAACCAUUUCGUUAUUUAUUACGUGAAGUUAUCGUUUGUGGAAUGCUGAAACCAAUGAUAGAUAUGAUUACAGAUCCUGAUUACAUAAACCAAACAAUUAUAUGGCUGAGCAAAGAGACAAAUAUCACCAGUGAUUAUUUUUUAAAUAUAAUCAAGAUAUCUGACAGUAUUGGUGAAUUAGAGGCUGUUAUAGAAAAAUUAGACCAUGAAAUCAGUAUACAGAGAUCAAGAGAUUCCAGCACUGAUGACUCAGACACUAAAAUGCAGCUGAAUAGUCUACAAUAUGUUAGAAGAGUUUGCUUAGAAACAUUACAAAGAUUACUGGAAGGAAAUCUUGAUGCCGCUAUAGAAGCUGAACCAGAUCUCUCUCCACUGCCAGGACAGAGUCUGUAUUCACUACCAUUAGAUGUGGUACUAGAAAAUAAUGUUGCUUUAUCAUAUUUUAUUGAAUUUAUUGGUCAAGUUGGAGGGCAAGGCUACUUGUUUUUCUGGUUAACAAUUGAAAGUUACAAAGUGACAGCAGAGCAGCAGUUGUCAGCGUAUCAUUUACAACAAGCAGAAUCAGAAUCUACAGGAGCCGCAGCUGCUGGUUAUGGAGGUUCAGAUCCAGAAAUGUUAAGAGCUGCUGCACUUAAUAUAUUUGAACAGUACUUAUCAGACAAUGCAUCUUAUAAACUUAAUCUUGAUGACCAACUCGUGAAAAGAACUAAUCAGAGGAUCAGAAAUGGAGCCCCGUCAGAAUGUGUGUUUGAUGAAAUCCAGAGAAAGGUUUAUGAUAUACUCCAAGGUGAUAAGUUCUUCCCUGCCUUCAAACUUAGUGCACUGUAUGUGAAAUGUUUAGCAGAGUUAGAUUUAUUGAAAGACGACAGUCCCAAGAUAAAUGACCGUGAAUCGAUGCACUCUGCAGAUUCCUCACCAUCGAAUAGUCUAACAGGGUCAACUGAAGACUUGUUGUCGUCUUCUUUAGAAGAAUCUCAUCUAUCAUCAGAAUUACCAAAACAUGCUCAUUAUACACUGACAGCUUCCAUUACAAAUACAGCUGUGUUGAAGGAUGCUGGUAAAUCCUAUGCUGUUUACUGCAUACAUGUUACACGUGCAUGUAAAAACAGUCCAGAGGAAGUAUGGGAAGUAUAUCGUCGUUACAGUGACUUUCAUGAUUUACAUAUGAUGCUAAAAGACAAGUUUCCAUCGUUAUUUGGUCUGAGUUUACCUGCCAAGAAAGCAUUCAAUAACAUGAGCAGAUCAUUCUUGGAUAAAAGAAGUAAAGCAUUGGAUUCUUACUUACAGACUUUACUUUGUCCUGAUGUCCUUGGCAAUAACCCAGGUAUGCUUGGAGUUCUGGUUCACUUCUUAGAACCAGGUGUGUAUAAUAAAGGCAAAGGAGAAUUUGCAAGAAAGAUGGAUAACUUUGUGAAUCCUUUAAGAAAUUCAGUGCGUAAUGUAGCACACACAGUCAAGUCUGUACCCGGUAAUAUUUUUGGCGGAAUGGUUCAGAUGUCAGAUGGUUUUAAUAAAAUGUCGGAUAAAAUGACAGAUGGAAUCAAUAAAAUGUUUAAGGCAACACCAAGAGAUGAAUUUUUGGAAACUGAGAAAGUAUCUGCCAAUAUUGGAGCUGAUGAUGAUGAUAACAUCCCACUUAGAAUCAUGCUGUUGCUCAUGGAUGAAGUUUUUGACUUGAAAAGUCGUGACCAAUGGUUGAGAAAACGAGUUAUAGCAUUUCUCAGGCAAAUUUUCAAGGCAGCAUUCGGAAACAUGCUUAAUAGUAAAAUUGUUGACUAUGUAGAGUACACUACUUCAGCUGAACAAGUUGCAGAAUACGUUAAGGUCUUCAGGGAUUCUUUUUGGCCAAAUGGUAUUGAGGCUGAAUCGUCACCAGAAAGAGAUCACAUGACCAGAAUGAGAACUAGGGUAGUUGCAAAAGCCAAACUAUUAUCCAGUAUGCCGGAUGAAAUGAAGAAUUUUAUAGGAGCUGAAACAACCAAGAAAGGUGUAUUGAGGGUAUUUGAAAUGCUCCAACAUCAGACUUUAAACAAGAGGCUCAUGUACGUCUGCUUAGAAGGAAUGCUAGAAACACUGUUUCCUGACAACAAGUUUCCGGAAGUGUUUACUAAACUGCACUCAAGGUCAGUGAAGCUGAGGAAUAAACCAUCAAGAAGGGGCGUCUUACAGAGAUCAGACACCCAGACAAGAGGCUCUCUAGAUAGAAGUAACUCACAUAGAAAGAAGGUUUUAGAAAGGACUGAGACAAAACACAAACGCAAUAAUAUAAAUGACUCGAAGAAGCCAGUAGAAAAAGUGGAUUCAAAUAAGAAUACACGGAAAGGGAAGCAACUUGACAGGGUUGAUUCCAAGGAUGAUCUUGUUGUUGGCAGAAAAAAGAAGACAAAUCAACUGGAUAGAACAGAUUCUGUGAAUAGUCUGGAUAAGAAUGAGUCGCUUAGUAAAAAACAUGUGGGAACAGUAGAAUCUAUGGAUGAACUUGCUGAUGAUGAUGAUGAUUUAGAAAGGCCAAAACAGGUAGAGUGCAUGGAUGACUCCAGUAAUAAACUCAGCCGAAUUGAAUCACAGGAUCACAGUUCAUCAAACAGUACUGACUCUCGAGACAGUGACAUACUAGAAGGAAAUGGCACGGUAUCGGAGGAUUACAUGAAAAUAAGGCACUCAGAUGAUAACAUCAAUUCCAGAAAGAAGCGAGCCAACAAACUGGAAAGAGCCGACUCUGAAACAUCACAGAUGACUGAGUCUUGCAAUACAGAAGAUCCACUCACCAGAAACAACUCUGACAAUACACUGAGAGCAACUAAACGGAGACACUAUAGUGAAGGUGAUGACACACGAGACAAGCAAUGA